UUUACCACCCCUUCCCUUUCACCCCUAGGGGUCAAUGGGGUGUGAGAAGACUUGCAGGCUGGAUAAACUCCUGAAACAUUGUCAGAGGGAGUGCGUUGUGAGCCCGGGACAAAGGUUACCUCCAGCAAAGAGGAGCAGUCAGAUGAAAGGCACAGACAAGCUAAGAAAUAAGGUGACACCGCUGCAGCUCCCCAGUGUACAGCGUUUGGACAACCUUUGUCUUCUCCAGAACAGCAGUGCAGCCCUGAGCCUCAACCCUGAGACCUUGAGCAGCCCAAGGAUAAAACGGAGCUUACUGGAGACAGAGAUCAGUGCCAAGAGAAAGGAGUGUGAAGCGCUUGAGGCAGAGGUGAAGAAAAAAAAUCAAACAUGUCAGACUUUGGAGAAUGAGCUUCAAGACUUUUUCCAGGAGAACACACACUUAAGCCUCCGGUUUUUCAACGGCAGUCAUAAACCAUCUGAAUAUGAGAGGGUGAAGUCUGAGUAUGCCCAACUCAAAGAUACGCUCGGUGCUGUGACGCAGGAGAGAGAUUUAGCCCUGUGGGAGAGAAACCAGCUCCAAGGCAAACUGGAGAACCUAGAGCAGGUGCUCAAGCAUAUGCGUGAGGCUGCGGAGCGGAGGCAGCAGCUCGAGGUGGAGCAUGAGCAGGCCUUGGCUGUACUCAAUGCAAAGCAGCAGGAGAUUGACCUGCUUCAGAAGGCUCAGGUUGAGGCGAAAAAGGAACAUGAGGGCGCUGUCCAUCUUUUAGAGAACCACUUGGACAGUAUGCAGGCCAAAGUUCGCGAGCUGGAGGAGAAAUGUCGGAGUCAGAGCGAGCAAUUCAACCUGCUGUCCAAAGAGCUGGAGAAGUUCCGUCUUCAGGCGGGCUUUGACAUCCUCAGCACUGAACCUAUUACAGCGUGUGAAUCUCCUUCUUCUCCCAACAAAUCUCUGUCCCAGCUUCUAAAUGGAUUGGCAGCCCCGAUAGGCAAAGGCAGUGACACUCCGGCAAGCAGAUCUUUGAUAUCGGAGUUCAUUCGUCCACUCCAGACCAGUGGAGACAAACCGGAGCUCCUCUCUGUCAAGCCAACAUUCCUUACUCGCAGUCGAGGCAGCAGUUCAGCAAGGACACUUCUUUCUGAGAUGGACAAAGAGCUUGGUUUGACCACCAGGUCUAAGCCACGGUUUACAGGGAAGGUCCGCCUGUGUAUAGCUCGCUACAGUUACAAUCCUUAUGAUGGGCCAAAUGAGCAUCCAGAAGCAGAGCUUCCCCUGGUGGCAGGAAAGUACCUCUAUGUUUACGGAACAAUGGAUGAGGAUGGCUUUUAUGAAGGAGAGCUCCUGGAUGGCCAACGGGGGCUCGUUCCCUCCAAUUUUGUGGAUUUUUUAGAGGAGGAGACAACCUCCAUUCAACACAGGGACUCAGUAGCUAAAGAACCUGGCAACCUCAACCACAGUAGCCUGGGACCUCAGAGACUGGGAGUCAGCAGGGGGAUGGAGACAGGUUUAGGCAGCCUGCUGUCUGACAGUAAAGAAGGCUGCCUAAACAGCGGCAGCGGCAGCAGCCUGGGCAUGGACCUCCUGGGCUCCUCCAGCAAUGGGACGGGAACCUUAGAUGUCAAUAUUGACGAGGUCGGUGAAAAUAUUGUGCCUUAUCCUCGCCGCAUCAACCUGAUUAAACAAUUGGCCAAGAGUAUCAUCAUUGGCUGGGACCCCCCUGUGGUACCUCCUGGCUGGGGCUCCAUCAAUGGCUACAAUGUCUUGGUGGACAAGGAGAUACGAAUGAGUGUCCCCUAUGGGGGCAGGACUAAGUCCCUGAUUGAGAAACUCAAUCUCGCAACCAACACCUACAGGAUCUCCGUGCAGAGCGUUACUGAGCGCGGUUUGUCAGACGAGCUCCGGUGCACAGUGCUGGUGGGAAAAGACGUGGUGGUGGCCCCUUAUUUCCUGCGGGUGGACAACAUCACGCAGAGCUCCGCUGAGCUCUCUUGGAUGCCCAGCAACAGCAACUACAGUCACACCCUCUUCCUCAAUGGCGCAGAGUACGACAUGAUCAAGGCCGGCGGGUAUAAAUACCAAUUCUUCAACCUGAAGCCCAUGACGGGUUACAAAGUGAAGGUUGUGGCACAGACGCACCAGGUGCCUUGGCAGCUUCCGACUGAGCAGAGGGACAAGAGGGAAAUCUCUGUGGAGUUCUGCACCCAAACUGCAGGGCCCCCACUCCCUCCACAGGAGGUUCAGGUCCAGUGUGGUCAGACGCCCGGGGUUCUGCAGGUUAGAUGGAAGCCCCCGCCGCUGACUACAGCUGGUACUUCCAACGGUGCCAGUGUAAUUGGCUAUGCUGUAUGCACAAAGGGACAAAAGAUUGCAGAGGUCUUGUACCCCACAGCAGAUUAUGUGACGGUAGAGUUAAACAGAAUCGAAUGCCUAGAGGCCAGGGAGGUCAUCGUAAGGACGUUGUCAACUCAAGGAGAGUCCCAGGAUUCACCUGCAGCCAUCAUCCCGCAUAAUUUAUUGGGCUCUCCUCGCCUGUCGCAUCGAACUACUGGGCCACCGCACACUUUGCCGCACCCGCCGUCUCAUCCCGCCCUCUCCCAAACUCAUCCUCCUUAUCCAUCCACAUAUCCACCCAUUCAUCCUCAGCCACAGGUGCAGCCUCUGCCUCGGGCCCAGCCACACACGCUGCCCCACGCACAGACGCACUCGCAGCCCAUCUGUCACUCUUCGCCCCACGCCAAUCCUCAGUUGCAGCGCCAGCCCAUGCCCAAGUCCAAAGCGCUCAUAAGUGCCAGAGAGCCAGAAACCAAAGAGCAUGAGGCGAGCAUACGGCCCGCCCCGCCCUGGGAACGCUCCCCUUCCCCGCUGCCUCCGAUGCGCGGACCCAACCUGGAGCCGCCGGCCUUCCAAACACGGCGCUCGCCCUCUCCUCAGAGGAUCCUGCCGCAGCCUCAGGGAGUCCCCAUCCCCAACACUAUCGCCAAGGCCAUGGCCAGGGAAGCCGCCCAGAGAGUGUUUGCCGAAGGCAACAGGGGGGAGAAGAGGAACAUCUUCAGAGAGCGGGGUAACGCCCUACACCCGCUUAACUCCGAUGAGGAGGAGGACGGUUACGAUUCUCCUCAUGCAAGACGAAAAGGGGCUUCGGUGGAUGAAUUUCUUAGAGGCUCUGAACUGGGCAGACAGCACCAUCACCAUCAUCACCACCACUCCGGCCAUAGUGAGGAGUACUACACAGAGAGCAGCCGGGGAUCAGACUUGUCCGACAUCAUGGAGGAGGACGAGGAAGAUCUCUACUCUGAGAUGCAAUUAGAAGAGGGCCGCAGGAGGAGUAUCAACUCUCACAACUCUCUAAAGGCGUAUUACAAGCGGCAAGACCUUGCUGAGGAAAGAGACUGCUGGGACCUUCAGAGGGAGGUUGUAAAGCAAAAAUCGCUGCGUAGCAAGCGUCUCCACAGCAUCCCGGAAGUGGAGGAAGAGACGGACGCGGUGGACAACAUGGGCCAGCGCCUGUGCUUCGAGGAAGGCAGACGGCCGGGAACCCCGCGCGCUGUACGGAGGACGUACGGCCAUGACGGUUACAAGCAGAACAGUGUCUCCUCCGGCAAGAGCCUUCGCCACUUACAGCGCCAGCGCUCCUCGCCUCGCUUUGCCGACAUCCGCUGCUACUACAAUGCAGAGGACCGUAUGCCGGGUUGGCCUAACCGCCAGAACACCAAGAGUCCCGACAGUGGUUUGGACUGCGGUAGUGAGGAAGAAGGAUCGCUGGGCAGGGGUCAUCGAGGUUACUAUACCCACGGAGCUCCCAUGCGCAUCAUCCACUGUGAAGGGCCGGUAGAAAGGCGGGCGCUAGCCAUGGGCCGUAAGAGAACUUUGACACGCCAGUGCAGUGUAGAAGAGGAGUUUGCUGACAUUCCAAUGACCUCUGCAAAGUCCGUCCACACUGGUGACUUUAAAAACCGGGAACACUUUGGGCCACGGAACUACCCGCGGCAUGGGGCCCAGAGUGAGGCAAGGCUGAACGAGCUGGACAGAGUCUAUUACAGUCCUCACAGGGAUUCUAGGGCCCAGGCUUUGUCCAGGCUCCACUGGGACCAGUCGCCGCUCAUUGGAAACUCGCCAUCUCACGGAAAUGCCAACCGUCUGGACCAUACGGGGCGGAAGCCGGUUCACAUCGGCAGCCCCCCUCAGCGACGGCCCAUCCCGUCCAUUGAGAUCACCAUGGACAGUAACAGUGAGGGAAGUGAGGGGAACCUCUCACCUGUCAAGGAGGAUGUUUACUAUGGGAGUGUAGCUGGGCGAAGAUUAUGGCCAUCUAUAUCCUCAGAGGAUCAAUAUGACAGCUACGGCGGACGCAGGCACGGGCAGGGACGCCGCUCGCUGGAUUACUUUGAAGAAUCGGAACCGGAUGAGCUGACGCGUGUCUUUGUGGCCCUGUUUGACUACGACCCGUUGUCCAUGUCUCCCAACCCUGAUGCUGCUGACGAGGAACUUCCUUUCAAGGAGGGCCAGGUCAUCAAGGUGUUUGGUAAUAAAGACACAGAUGGCUUCUAUAGGGCGGAAAUCCGAGACAGAGUGGGUUUGAUUCCUUGCAACAUGGUCUCCGAAAUCCAAACGGAGGACGGUAACAUGAUGGGCCAGCUCCUCAAACAGGGCUUUCUGCCACUCAACACUCCUGUGGACAAAUUAGUAAACUGUGAUCGUUUCAAAGAUGGACGCGCAAUAAAUCGCAGGUCCAGAAAGUCCAAGCGAGAGAGAAACAGACGGAGUGGCCGUCAGCAUCCGAUGACAACCCGAAGAAUGGUGGCACUGUAUGACUAUGACCCAAGAGAGAGUUCCCCAAACAUUGAUAUUGAGCCCUUGGUUUUUACUUACUCUCACCUUUCUAUUGGCACUCCCAUCCCACCGACACAGUGUGAGGGCCACAGACUAGAUGACGAGGCUGAAUUGACUUUCUGUGCUGGGGACGUCAUCACAGUUUUUGGGGAAAUAGAUGAAGAUGGGUUUUAUUAUGGUGAGCUCAACGGACACAACGGUCUUGUUCCUUCCAACUUUCUAGAAGAAGUGCCUGAUGAUGUCGAAGUUUUUCUCACGGACUCACCUUCACGAUACCCCCAGGACACUCCCUCACGGAUAAAGACCAAAAGGAAGAAGAGUGUUCAUUUCACACCUUAAAGGCUGUGUUUCCAUCACGUAAGUGAGCAACUGAGGAUACCAAGAUUAAGUUCCCCCUCGUCUAAUGCAGAUGACAUGGGUACCUUUAGUUUGUGGUAUGCAACAUGUAGACCUUAUUCCUCUUUCCUCCUUAAUGCUGUAUCACUUUUAGGCAGCGUGACGGUUGUUCCCGGGUUGGCCAAAACUCUCAACAUGCUGUUUUUACUGUGUGUUGGUUGGUGACAGUAACCAUCGCCAAUGCAUUAGACAAGAUUUGUGGUAUCUUCAGUUGUUUCUCCUCCGAGUGUUGUACAUGACGAUGUGUGUCUCCUCAAACGAGUCUCCUGCUGUAACUCGUUCUAAGCUAAAAGGCGAUUUGGCACUGCCCCCAUCCCUCAGAUGCCCUAACCCAGUUAAAACCCGCACUUUGAAAUGACCAGAGCUGCGCAUUCCAUCAGUACUGACGGAUGUCCGUCAGUCCGUCACUGACAGAUUUUGCCGACGAUCGACAGGAAAAAAUAAAAAUAAAUAACGCACUAAGCACUGAUUGAAGUCAGUGUAAUUGUCACUAACCAUGUCAACGGACUUCUCAGUCCUUCUCUAAUGGAUGCAUUUAGCUAACGACAUGGAUUUUUUUUUUGCGUGGUAUAGAUUUACGGACCGGUACAAAUGACCAACGGAAAUGAUGACGAACCGACUGACUGAAAAUCGAAAACCAUCUGAAUUGCUAAGAUUUUUUUUCUUCCUUUUUUAAUACAUUUGUUACUUUUUUAAAAUACAGUAACAGACUUGGAAGUGCUGGAUUGUACAAGUAAAAUGUGCACAGAUGAAGAAAGAUAAUUGUGAAAACUGCAUAAAUAUACUUUUAUGACACAAAUUCAAAGUGUCCGUAGCAACAAGCGGUACUUAAAUUUUGAAAUUCUGCAGGAAGAAAAUCACGCAGAAUGGACUAAAGUUUCAGUACACUUUUCCAUCACGACAAGUAGUAAAAAACAAAAUGACAAUAUGGACGUGUGGCCGUGACGACAGUAUCUACCACUAUUCUGGUAAAACCUACGAUUGUUUUUCGAUGAUCCAAAAGAACAAAAUUGAAUGCAUCUUACACUACUCACAAAAACAGAAUAGUAAGCUUUCAGGUCAAAAAAACUUGAUGAACCUGAGAUACACUAUAUAACCUUUACAGAUGUACUUGUAACCUUUAUACUUUGGAGUGCAAAUGUCCAACUGUGAAGUGUUUCAGUACCACUUGCGCGUUUGCAGUUCAAAGGCUCAAGGUUUGAUCACCCAACAAAGGCUGCGGUGCAUUUUGGGCUCAUCUUGAAUUUUCAUCGGAAAGCCACAAUACAUGCCACUUACGAGUCGUGUGAUCCAAAACGUCUUGGUAAAAUGAAGCCUCAAGUGAUGCAGAGGUACAUCAACACUUUGGUCUAGCCACCACAGCGUAUCAAUGCUGUACCUGUAUGUCUUCCUGAAGUGCAACUUGAAGCCUUUUAGCUUAUGAUUACAGAAAAGGAGUCGUGACUAGUCAUUUCUCUGUAACCCAGUUGUAUCACUAGUCUCUCUAGCUACAGUACAUGUAUUUCAGACGUCAAUGUGCGAUGUCCCCUCUUGUGUCCAAAGGCAAAUGUAUUUGUGUAAGGAGCUGCCAUUAUUUGGGAAAUGUCGUCUUGUUAAAUUGCGGAAGUUAGUCGAUGCUUUGGCUGUGUUGUUCGUGACUGCGGGCAGCUUCAUACAGAAACGAGACAAGCAAUGUUUGUACUCGGCAGGGCCUCAGAGUGCUUCUAGUUUUUUUUUUUCUAGAGCUAGACUUCAGCUCACUGAUGGUGUGACCAACAGCUGGCUUUUUAACACCCUCAACUGUCCCCUACGGGUCUCCCAUUAGGUUCCAGGGGACAAAUGGGGCCGGCCCAGAAGAGCAGGUUCUCCCCCAGUGCAUCCACACAUCCUGCACUCCCAUCAGGGCCCCACUGGACAUGCACACCUCCAAAAAGACAAAAGGACUGCACUGCAAAGGAAAGAAACUGGU